AUGUCAACUGUACGAAGGACAUCGACGAAUGCCAGUCAGAUCCUUGUCAACACAAUUCCACGUGCAACAACAUUUUUAAAGAUGGCUUCAAAUGCAACUGCACACCAGGCUACAACGGCAUCUUAUGUGAAACAGAAAUCAAUGAAUGCAUUGCCUACUCUCCUUGCAAGAACAGAGGCAGCUGCAGAGACAAAGUCGCAGACUAUGACUGCACUUGUCCAGCGCCUGUAGCAUCCAGACCCAACUUCGGCGGAAAGAACUGCACAACAUUCCUUCGUGGUUGUGAGGGACCCCGGCGCUGCUGGAAUGGAAACUGUAUCCCAAAGCUUGUGAACGAAACACAGGACAGCCACUCGUUUGACUGUGAUUGUUACCCAGGGUAUACUGGACCCUACUGUGCUCAAUCUACAGACAUCAGCUUUAGACACAACCACACAGACUAUAUCAAAAUUCCAAUGAAUUCUUCCAGUUUUAACCUCAGCCUGAGGUUUCAGACAACAGUGUCCACUGGUGUCUUGGUGUUGUGGAGGAUGUCGGCUAGUUCUUUUGUGUCGGUGGAGAUGAGCGAUGGAAAGGUUCUUCUGCGGUACAAAGAGGAUACUGGCUUCAGGUCCUGCACACUCAACACCAGGUCCCCUGUGAACAGCUCAGAACACCAUCAGCUAAACCUUGUUGUCUCCCAGAACAUCAUACUGUCCUUACCUGGAAACAACUGCACCAGCACAGCAUGCAGCUCUCAGGCCUGUCUGACCUCCUUCUCCUUCAGUGGGAUCCAGCCUCCUGCCAGCUCGCAGUUGUAUAUCGGCAGUGGAUCUGUAGCUGAGGUCAUAGAUCCAGCAAUGCCCAGCGGCUUUGUCGGCUGCAUGGAAGAUGUCCUGAUCAAUGACCAGCUCUACUACCCAGGAAAGCCAAAUGGACAGUACUUUGUUAGCCCUGGCUGUUCUAGAACACCACAGUGUGUGGAGGAUUCUUGUAGCAGGCAUGGAUUCUGCGAGGACUUGUGGGAUUCAUAUGUCUGCCAUUGUUAUCGACCUUACUACGGGAUCAACUGUGAGAAUGAUAACUGUGCAUCUAGUCCCUGCCUGAAUGGUGGGGUCUGUGUCGAUGGUUUGGCAACCUUCACCUGUACGUGCCCUAGGGGGUUUACAGGCUCUAUAAGGCGGGUGGGGGGGGGGGGGGCGGCGUCGUUUGAAAUCUUUAUUUUCUUGACAAUAAUCUGGUGA